AUGCCAGUCAGCCUACAGUCCAGCCAAUGUGCUCACUUGGCUCGCGCUGCUUCGGACCAAAGGUCGCGCCGUCGCGUGCUGCAUAAAAACGGCGCGAGCGCACGCUCGAGCGCCUGUUGAGCGCUGUAACAGUGCAGCACAUAUGGAGAGAUCUCAGAUCAGGAGCAAACCGCUGCACCUUCCCGGUUGUGAUGUCACAAUGUAGUUGCUGUACACAACACUGACACCUGUACCUUUUUUUUGUAAUCAUGGAGAGUUUCCCCGGUGACGGAGAGCCCGUUUUGAACCCGUCUCGUGCGCAGCUGGACGACUCGAACCCGGAGCAGAUGGCGGAGGCGCAGCGCGGUCAGAUCCAGGAGCUUCACCUGGCAUCCAGCGGCCUGACGGUGUUCCCCGUCUCCUUCUGCGCGCUGAGCAGCCUGGAGCAUCUGGACGUGAGCAACAACGCGCUCACUGUCCUCCCCGAGGACAUUCUGCGAUUCAGCAAACUGAAGACUCUGGUCGCGAAAAAUAACCUGCUGGACGAGGCAUCCUUCCCGAAGCGGUUCGGUUCGAUGGCCAUCGAGACGCUGAACUUCAGUGGGAACCGAUUUCGAGAAAUACCGAACCAGAUCCUGCAACUGAGCCGACUGCAUUCUCUGUCCAUGGGAGGAAACCGGUUAAAAAGCAUCCCAGCGGAAAUAGAGAACCUCACCAGGCUGGAGAUGUUGUAUCUGGGAGGAAAUCUGAUCUCUUACAUUCCUCCUCAGCUGGCUAAUCUGCGCUGCCUUAGAUACCUGGUGCUUUGUGACAACUGCAUCCAAAGCAUUCCACCUCAGCUAUCCAGGAUGCACUCCUUACUGUGUCUCAGUCUCCAUAACAACCUCCUGACUUUUUUACCACGUGAGAUCCUCAACCUUGUGCACCUACAGGAGCUCAGCCUCCGCGGUAACCCUUUGGUAGUGCGUUUCGUCAAGGACUUGACCUAUAACCCCCCGUCCUUGCUUGAGUUGGCAGGACGGACUAUCAAGUCCCGGAACCUUCCGUACCAUUUGAGUGACCUCCCAGGCAACUUGUGCCACUACCUGGACUCAGCCAGCAAGUGUCCAAAUCCCAAAUGUGCAGGUGUAUACUUCGACUCAAGGGUGCGCCACAUCAAGUUUGUCGAUUUCUGUGGAAAGUUCCGCCUGCCCCUCAUGCACUACCUCUGCUCUCCUGAAUGUAGCUCCCCAUGCAGCUCCAACCCGCAAAGCGACGCCGAGUCAGAGGAUGAGCAUAGUGUGUCUGCGGACAGGCUGCAGAGGGUGCUGCUGGGAUAGAGUCUCAAAGAAACUUUUUGUAAGAGAAAAAAAAAAAAGUUCAAUGAUGAACAUUGUGAGCAUGUCCAUUGACGUCCAUUACUACCCUUUAAGUGAUUUAUUAAAUAAAGAUCUCUACUGUUGAUUAGUCCCUGUCUGCUUGAGCAAAAUGCCCAUCUUGUGUAUGCAUUGGAUCCCAUUAAUGGAGGCAAAGCAAAGUGUUAUGCGGUUUUAUUAGUGCUCUUGGAAACCCUGAAUACAGUAUUUGUUCAUUUCUACUUUCCAUUGAAAGAACACAGGUCAACUUUCUAAGCCAAUAACUCCAGAUAAGGAUUCUCUACAAACUGCACAGGAUAAACACCACUGAUAAACUGCCCAGCCAAAAGGAUGUGGACACCUGGUCGUCAUAUCCAUAUGUUCCUAUUCCAAAGUUUCCAGAGGUGGACUCCCUUUUGCGGCCUCUAUUCCUCAGGGAAGGUGAUCCACUAGUUUUUGGAGUGUGUCUGUGGGAAUUAGCCACGUGGGCAUUAGUGAGGUCGGGUAAAAGUUUUUUUUUCCGACCACAUCUUUUCCACGAAGUUGACAGCAGUUCAGCACUGUCCUUAACCUGACUGCUAAUUCCAGAAAUCUCAUUUUAGUUGUUUGCUUUACUUGAUGCGGGCCAAUAGUUUUUUUUAUUUUGUCUGGGCGGUUUAAACAUAGAUCAUGGUGCAGGGGUGGUUAAUUUGUUGAACUGCUUAUCAAAAGGUCUCCAGUUUGAGUCCGGGUGCAGCCAAGCUGCCCCUGUUGGGCCCUUGAGCAAGGUCCUUCACCCUAAUUGCUCUGAUACAAUCAAGUGUCGAAACAUAAGAAACUGCCAAUGAAAUUAUGGCUAGCUCUCUAGGAUUGGAGAAUAUUCCUCUCUGAUGUGCACGAUGGCAUGUGGACGACACCUUACCCUUACCAUUGCACACAGAUUAGUACAAUAUUAGGUAUAUAUAAGGUUUUAUUGGUGAGAAAGUCUUCCAUGAAAGAAAGAUAUGUUAAAUGUUUUAGAAUAUAAAGAGUUGAAGACCGAUACACAGA